AUGGGUUCAGAAAGCAAUUCAUCAAGUGGGAACAAAAAUGCAGAACUAUUUGUUGAGUGUACCUUGUAUAUUGAUGGUGUCCCCUUUGGGCUGCCCACAAGGACAAGGCUAGAAUCAUCAGGACAUCCAUAUUGCUGGAAUGAGCUCAUCACAUUGAGCACAAAGUACCGGGACUUAACUUCACGGGCUCAGCUUGGUUUUACUGUUUGGGAUGUCUCAUGUGGUAAUGAUAAUGGUUUAGUUGGUGGAGCAACAAUUUAUCUGUUUAAUAAUAAAAAACAACUAAAAUCAGGGAGGCAAAAGCUUCGACUUUGGCCUGGAAAAGAAGCAGAUGGAGCAAUUCCGACUUCUACACCAGGAAAGGUUGCUAAACAUGAGCGUGGGGAGAUAGAACGUCUGGAGAGGCUUGUAAACAAGUAUGAAAGGGGCCAAAUACAACAAAUUGAUUGGCUGGAUCGUCUUACUUUUAAAGCUAUGGAUAAAAUUAAGGACAGAGAAAACCUUAAUAGUGACAAUUCUCACCUUAGCGUGGUUGUCAGCUUCUGCACUUUUGAACACAGAGUUGCUUUCCAGGAAUCUGGGGCAAACUUUUUUGCACCAUCCCCUGUAUCAUCCACAAAUGAGCUUGUUACUGUAUGGGAUCCUGAAGUUGGAAGGACAAAUCCUUCUGAGCACAAGCAAUUAAAACUUGCUAGAAGCUUGACACGUGGGAUUAUAGAUAGGGAUCUCAAACCAAGCUCUAACGAGAGAAAGCUGAUACAGGGAAUCUUGAAGUAUCCUCCAACACGCACACUGACGGGUGAUGAAAGACAAUUGUUAUGGAAAUUUCGUUUCUCUUUGAUGUUGGAGAAGAGAGCUCUUACUAAAUUUCUACGUUGUGUUGAAUGGAGUGAUAUUCAGGAAGCAAAACAAGCAAUUGAUUUGAUGGGAAGGUGGGAAAGCAUUGAUGUUACUGAUGCAUUGGAGCUUCUGUCUCCUGUUUUUGAAAGUGAAGAAGUUCGCGCUUAUGCAGUUAGUGUCCUUGAGAGGGCUGAUGAUGAGGAACUCAAAUGUUAUUUACUUCAGUUGGUCCAGGCUCUUCGCUUUGAGAGAAGUGAUAAGUCUCGCUUGGCACAAUUUCUUGUGCAACGUUCUUUAUCAAAUAUUGAGCUAGCUAGCUUCCUUCGUUGGUAUGUAGCAGUUGAGCUUCAUGAUCCUGCCUAUGCUAAGCGCUAUUACUGUACUUAUGAUAUGCUGGAGGACAACAUGAUGAAGUUGCAAGUUGGUACAAGUCGAGAAGAAAAUGGAUACAAGUUAUGGCAGAGUUUGGUUCGCCAAACAGACCUAAUAGCUCAGCUGUGUUCAAUUACAAAGGACGUUAGAAAUGUACGUGGUGGAACUCAAAAGAAAAUAGAGAAGUUACGACAUCUUCUUACUGGAAUUCUUAGUGAGCUUACCUAUUUUGACGAGCCCAUUCGAUCACCUCUGGCUCCUGGGACAUUGAUAACUGGAAUUGUCCCAGCAGAGUCGUCUAUUUUCAAAAGUGCACUGCAUCCUCUACGUCUUACAUUUAGUACCCUUAGUGGUGAAACUUGCAAGGUGAUCUUUAAAAAGGGGGAUGAUCUUCGUCAAGAUCAGCUGGUUAUCCAAAUGGUGUCUCUAAUGGAUCGAUUGCUAAAAUUGGAGAAUCUGGACUUGCAGUUAACUCCAUAUAGAGUUCUUGCAACUGGGCAAGAUGAAGGGAUGCUAGAAUUUGUCCCAUCCAGCUCUCUUGCACAGAUUCUAUCAGAAGACCGUAGUAUUGUGAGUUAUUUACAACGGUUUCACCCUGAUGAAGAUGGACCAUUUGGCAUAACAGCUCAAUGUCUUGAAACAUUUAUCAAGAGUUGCGCUGGCUACUCAGUUAUUACAUACAUACUGGGGAUAGGAGACAGGCAUUUGGACAACCUCCUCCUCCGAGAUGAUGGUCGCCUCUUUCAUGUUGACUUUGGCUAUAUAUUAGGUAGAGAUCCCAAGCCAUUUCCACCACCCAUGAAACUCUGCAAGGAAAUGGUUGAGGCCAUGGGUGGAGCUGAAAGCCAAUAUUACACAAGAUUUAAAUCUUAUUGUUGUGAAGCCUACAACAUUUUGCGGAAAUCCAGCAACCUUAUAUUGAACCUUUUUCAUCUGAUAGCUGGUUCUAACAUCCCUGACAUUGCUUCUGAUCCUGAAAAAGGCAUUCUGAAGGUUCAAGAAAAGUUCCGUUUGGAUCUGGAUGAUGAAGAUGCCAUACACUUCUUCCAGGAUCUCAUUACUGAGAGUGUUAGUGCCCUGUUCCCUCAAAUGGUUGAAACCAUCCAUCGAUGGGCCCAAUACUGGCGUUAAUUAUUCUCCAUGGUGGGUUUUCCCAGCUUUUGUGGGCCUGUAUCAAAGUUAACCUUGCUGCCAGCAAGUUGAAGGGUUUCACUGUUUUCUCAGCUCUGGUUCCGGAAUUCGCCUGCUGUAUUUAGGUAGGUUCUCUUUAAUGCUUGGAAUAACUAUCUUGUAAAUUAACGAUAUGAUUAUAGUAUUAGCGAUCAUUAGUUAGAAUUCGUUUUGUACAGUUUGCAUCUUCUGUUUUCAAUCUAAAACAUUUCUUUA